AUGGAGCUGUCUGAACAGGAAGAGGCCUGCAUGGAGGAGCAGAAGGGAGGGGGACAGUGGACCCAGCCAAGGGCUGAUGGAUGGGAGAUCCAGCAGGCAGCGGAGGAGAGACUGGGGGUGACGCCCACUCUGGGGGGCGGGGUCCCUGCCCUCCUGGGAAUCUCGGAGGAGGAGUGGGCGGGAGGAGAGGGAGCAAUCGGCUCGUACGUAAAGAAGCCGGACAGGGUGGUCCGGCACACGCCCAUCUGGCGGGGGGGCCGCAGCCUGCGGGCAGCCCUGUCCUCCUCUGAACCGUGGGGCGGUCUACCCCGGGGCCAGGCUGUGCCCAUGGCGGCUUCUGUGAUGGGCCUGGGGGCCUCACCUAUCCUAAGAGCCGACCCCUCCUACAGCCUCUCCCAUGUCGUGUCCAGACUGCAGGCUGCAGCCCGGGACGGUUCCCGGAGGCCAGGAGCUGCUGCGGGCUGGAGCCAGAUGCACAGGCGAGCCCGGCCCGGCUGGCCAAGUGUCUCCAAGCCCAGGCCCUGCGAGGGAGAGGGCACCACCUUGACCUUCAUCCUCACUUGUGCCUCCUCGAUUUGGGCUUCUCCUGAGAGGCAGGAAGCAUUGUGCAACCUCCAGGCUCCACGGAGGACCUGGAGGCCACUCGAAUCUCCAGGAGAACCGUCCAUCGGGGGCGCGGAGAGGACCACAGAGGACAGGCGGGAGCUGGGGCCGGUCUGCCUCCUGCCCCGGAAGCAGGAGAGGCAGUUCGGGGAGCCCGAGGAGAGUACUGGAGGCCAACCAUGGUGCAGGAGUGGAGAGAGCAUAUACCGCUUCAGUGCAUUUAACGCUUCAGCUGAGGGCAAGAUGCAGCUGUUGGCAGCUGGAGGUCCACCUGGCACGCUCCGAAAUGUGAGAUCCAAGGAGACGUGGAGCUGCGGGCCCUACGCAUCCACCAUGAGGACAUCUUCUCCCGCCGUCUGGUGCCCCGCCCGCUGCCACAUGCAGCGCUGGUCCUGCAAGCGCUGUCUGGCAGAGCGGCUCCCUGUGUGA